AUGACCCCCAAAUUCCCAUCCACAAGAAAAGCGCUCGAGCCAAAAGAUGAACAUAGUUUAUGGAAAUAUAUUUACAAAAACACUGUAACCUCGAACAACUUCCCGAACAUGUUGGAGCUGUUCAGAGAGUUCAAAAAGCUGGGAAAUCUUCGAAAUUACGGAUUAACCGAGAUUGAAAAUCAUUUCCACGUAGAAAUGGUCCAGAAUCUGUUCAAAACCGACGCGCUGGCUCCGACAGAGAUUCUCGAGAUGUAUAGAUUUUUGAAGAUUGUUAUUCCGGUUGAUGUCAGGGAUAUCCUCACCAGCCUCUCCAACUCGAAUCUGAAGCUCACUCUCACCCGUCAGCUUGUCAAAUGGGCUCCCAGAGAGCCAAAAUUGUUACAGGCACCUGCCACGUCAUCGGAGCAAGUGCCAGGCCACGUGGAAGUGCUCAUGUGGAAGCAUCUCCGUGAAAAUGUGCAACUGGAGGAGAAAUUUGGGACCCAAGAGUUCUGGAAUACGAUGAAGCUCGCUGGAAUUGACGAGCAAUAUAGGGAAAAGCUUCUCAAUGUAUUCGUCUCAAAUAUCCUGCCAAACCAGCUCUUCGCCCUCAACCUUCCAAUUUCCACGAAAAUCCAGCUCUUUCUUACCAACAAGCUGAAAAUUCCCGCUGCUCAGCUUCUCUGGCUUAUGAGAUCCGACGGUGCGAUGGUGAAGCUGAAUCAGAAGAAAGAAGUCGUCUGGUAUCGUUUAUGGAAAGAGGAAAAAGAUGAUAAAUAUUAUAAACGGGAACCGGCGUUCUACAAGGAUUUUAAGCCAUUGCCACUUUAUGGAGCCACUGGAGCACCGAAAAAACACAAAAACUCCAAGAAAUCCGAGGAAUCUACGACGAAAGCCAGCAGAAAAGAUCGAAAAUCACUGAAACCUGUCAAAAAACCUAAAACGACAACGCAAAAGUCCAUCUUUUUCCCCAGAGAUCGUGAUUAUCCACCGGAAUUCUACACGGAGCCAUAUGUCGUGCUCUCCAGUUGCUCUGAAUCUGAAGAUGAUGGUUGUCCAGCGCAUUUGAUCGGAGAAUACAGAAAUUUCCACAAGAUAUUGCUCGAGGAGCCAUCAUUCUAUCGGCCACUGCCUAAGCCGGAAAUUCGCAAAAAAUUCGAGCCGAUGCAGAAGUUGAAACACGCGGGAAAGCUUGAUACAUCGUUUUCGAACGAUGAAAAUCGAGCUGCGGCUGGAUGCGACAUUGAAGAGGAUCCGCCAGUGAUAGAAAAGCCAACGGAUUUAUCCGGAGUACUCGAUUUUCUUGAUGAAGAGCCGGCUCCGAAUUUGCUCGCUGAGCCAAUGGAUUUCACAGAAUUCGGCGGAAAUCAUGAUGACGUGGCACAAUUGAAUGAAUACGAGAAAAUGCUCCGAAUGGCUCAAUGGGGCGAGUAUCCGGUUCAGGAGACAGAGGGACAAAAUACCGGCAGUUUGGAGACGGAGAAUAUGAAUCCUGCAUCUUCGGCUCCUGCUCGCAAACGUGGCAAGCCAUCAAGAGAUCCCACCAAACCAGUCGCACCGAAGAAGCCAAAAAUGGCUCAAAAAUCGAUGUCACCGGCUCCGCAGAGCAUUGAGACUCCAUCGCCGAUAGCUCCAGAGCCUGCCGCAGAAUUUCUGAUCUACCAAAAGACGAUUGACGACACCGGGGACAUAGUGAAAUACUACAGAGAAUUGGAGAAACCGCCGAUCUCGUUCCACGAAAAUGGUCUUUCAUUCGUCAGAGAGGGCGAUAAAAUGGAACUGAAACUAGUGAAUAAGCCACGUGAAAUGAUUCGGGAAGAGACUGGUCCACCAGAAAUCCCACACCGCGGAUCAACUCCACCACCAAUUUGCAACGGAAACGCCAGAAGAACUCGUUUCGCAUCAGUUCGCACGUUUUAAUUAAUCAAUUCGCUUGAAUUACUGUUAUAUUUUGUUUCAAAAUUUGUUCCCUUGUUUUUCUGUUUAUUCUGCAUUUUCCCCCAUUAUUAUCAUUCGAUAAUUUUUUCUCUUUGUUUCCUUUUGUUUCCUAUGCUCAAUAAAUUUUGUUAUUUUAAAA